AUUACAGCAACACAUACAACCUCCACCGGCCUGCUGCAGCAGGGCACACGGGAAAGAAAGAGAGCGGGUUGGUGGGUGGCUCUGCCACCAGCGCCGGAGCAGCCACAGCUCCAGCUGACAGGGCUUCGGACUCGGAGCUCAUCAGCUUUUGCUACCUGCACAUGCGAGAGCAGAGGAAGGAAAGAGAGAGCAGGAUGGAUAUCAAUGAAAACCUGAUUUUUUUUGAGGAAACUCGUCCCAGGACCAAAUCUGACCCUACUUCCAAAAGCUCUGGCCAAGGCUAUAAUGGGGCAGCUAACAAGUAUGACCCGGAUGGCCUCGACCAAGACAGACAGGCGAGCAGGGCCAGAGCGCACACCAUAGAUACUCACUUGCGGAGCGACACCUUGCACUUCUGCGAGUCCUGCCAAGCCAAAAUCAAGAGCCGGCUGGCCUCAUGCAAGGGGAGCAAGCCCAGCAGCACCCGGGACAAUAUGGUGGACUUAAUGUCACUUCCCCCUCCUGGUAGUGAUGAGGAAGAAGACGAGACUACAUCCCUGCUCCCUGCCAUUGCCGCUCCUCCUCCUGGCUUCCGAGACAACAGCUCGGAUGAGGAUGACCCCAAGCGCCGGGCAGCUGCACAGAGCCAGGAGCAGGGCCGACAUCUCUGUGGCAUCCUCUAUGAUGAGAUCCCUGUCACGCUAAUAGACAACGUGCAACCACGGACAGUCCGAGACCAUGCCCAAGAGCUGGACGAUGCCCUGGUGUCCACUCUGCAGGCACUGGAAGCCCUGGCUGCUUCAGAGGAUUGUCCACAUCCCCCACCACAGCAGACAGCAGGUCUUAUUGUCCUGGCUGCCAUCACUCCUGAGUCAUCCUUGGAUUCUGGCCAUGAAACCAACUCUUCAGAGCUAACUGAUGUCUCAGAGAUGGUCUCUGCUAUGAAGCAGCAUCAGAAUGCAGCCUACUUCCUCGCUCAACACAUCAACAAAGAAAACCUCCUGGCCAGAAAGGACUUGCCUUUCCGAAUCCAGAGCUGUGCUGCCCAGGCUGUUCUCACCUCACCCUACCCCCUCACCCACCAGGAGCCAAGCCCUUCAAUGAAGCCAGCUUUCUCUCACCAAAGCGCCAACCUUAUCAGUUGCAAGAACAAACAGGAGCAGCAGCAUGCUGAGCAGAGCUACGCCUUGGCUGUCCAGCCGGUGCUGACCCCCCAGCUUAAUGAGCAGAACAGGGGGGCUCCAGUGCCAGGCUCAGAAUGCAAAGGUGCAGGCCACACAAAAGCUGCCUUUGAGGUAUCUCUGCAUGCCACAGCAGCCUCGAGCAGGGAGCAGGCACAGGAUAUACAAGAGACGAUGCCCGAAGAGGUCCAGCCAAGCUCCAAGCUCCUCCUGGAUCAAAAAAGUGGUGUAACUCCAGCCAUCAUUUCAGCUGCUCCGCAGCAAGUGGCAAAUGCAAAAGGCUUAGCUCCCCAAGUGGUAGCAGCCUCAAAAGGGGGCAAGAACAUGAAUGGUACAUCAGCCAGCAGCAAGCCUUUGAAACUUAAAGGAGGUCCACAAACUGCAGAGACAUUAUGCAACUGUCAGCAGCAGCAGCAACUCUCUCCGAAGCAGCACUGUGAAGUUUCUCCAAGUCCUAAAGUUGCUCAUGGCAGUAAGGCUGAAGCUUUCCACCUCACCUCAGCAGGUGAGGAAAUGAUGCCUGGUAAGUCUUUUGCUUCUAAAAGCUACCAGCAAAAACUGAGUAGAGAUAUUGCAGGAAAAGCGAGUGGAGAGCCAGGUCUGAAGGCAGGUGGGGAAGCCACAAGCCUCGUCUUUCAGAAACACACAGCUCCUUCAAACCAAGGACAGAAAAUGCAACAGGAAGGUUCAGCCAAAAGCUUAAAAGCUGAGAAUCUGCACUCUCCAUCACCCAGUAACACUUUCAGGAGCACCAGUGAAGAACCCAAAGGGCCAAUCCAGCUGGUGUCCAGAUCCGAGAGCCUACAGAUCAGCACCAUGCCAUCCAAAAAAGUAGAAAAAGUCUUGGAGGUGACCCAACAAGAUGCUGAUUUCCCAGCUAAACCCAAAGCUCCAAAAGCUCCCUUCAGAUUGAGGAACCUGUUCUCUGCAACAUUUCCAACCCGGCUGAAGAAGGAAACAGAUGAGCGGCAGGCCCAGCUGCAGAAGGUGAAGCAGUAUGAGCUGGAAUUCCUUGAAGAGCUGCUCAAGCCAAAGAGCAAAGGUGACCUCCCACCACAGGAGUAUCUGCACCCUCCUGCCCCUGGGCGCUGCAGCUGCCAGCUAAGGAGCAGUCCUGUGCAAAAAGUCCCAGGGAUGUCCAGGGAGCAAAGGCGCAGCUGUGACUGCAAGCGAAUUUGCAGGGGGGUGAGGCCACCCUCUAACCAGUUGGUAAUGCCAGAACUGGAGAGGCGAGAGAGGGACAAAGUUACUGAUGACCAGAAGCAGGCAGAAGCCAUUAGGUUGACAAGCGUAAGCAGCCCUUCCAAAGGCAAGCGAAUACGAUCCACAAGUUUAGAGUCCAGAGACUACCGGUCAGAUCCAGAGAACAACAUGUCCUGUUUGACAACGUGCACUUCCCGGGGGGAGUGCAUAGGUGCUCCACACUACAGGAAGCUCUUGCGUCGCUACAGUGUCAGUGAAAUAGAUAAGACUGAUAGGACAUCCCUGUCAUCUGACAUCUACCAGAACAUCUAUACAACCAAGCAGAAAGGCCCCCAGAAAGAGCCUGAGCCCAGCAUCCUUUGUCCUGUUCUGAAGAGCAAAAUCCAGGAAGCCUCUGGAUUGGGUGACUCCUCCUAUGUCCAGAUAGCACAGGAGAAAAAGAACCAGAAGGCUUCAGCAGUGUUCUCUGUCCAGGAGGAGAUGUAUCCAAAUCCUGCUGAGCUGCAGGAUGAAGACAUGGAGGAUGAGAAGUGCUGCUCCAUCCGGUACUGCUUCUACUACAGGAAAUGCGAUGUUGCAGAUGAUGGGAGCGAGAAGGAUGAGCUGUCCUAUUCCAUCCCCAUGCAGAUACUCCCAGGAAUGAAGCUGGACAAUCAGAUGGUCCCAGUCAUGAGCAGGACUCUUCAGGUGCUAGAUGCAACAGCCUGCAGCAGUCCCAAUGACAGCCAGACCCAGGAAAUAGAUUUAAGGACCUCCAGUUUUGAGGGGAGCUUGGCAAAGAUCAACACCCUUCGAGGCCAUGCCUACAGCUUUCCCAAUGGGUUUCUGCAAGUGCAGCUGGACACCAAUGAGCUCCUGACUAUCCUAAGGCAGUGUGUGGUGAGCCCUGACAUCCGGGACUGCAAACCUUACAUCUCCCAGCUGGCUGAGUACAAGCAAGAGCUCACCCUGAAAUUCAAGGAGUUUCGGGCAUCCUGCCGCCGCGUGGCAGCCGUUGACAAGAGUCCUACCCACAUGCUCUCCGCCAUCACGAGCAGCUUCCAGGUGCUAAGCAGCCUCAUCGAGACAUUUGUGAGGCUGGUGUAUGUUGUGCGCUCAGAGUCUCAGCGCCAAGAGCUGCUGACGAAGGUAGAGGAAGUGGUGAGAAACUACACCUUCCUCCUGAAGGCUGCAGAGGAGUCCACGGCCAGAACGCUGAGCCACCAGCAGACAGUGGAGCAGCUCACCCGCCAGUCAGCCACAGUUGCCACUGUCAUGAGCACGCUCACGCGCUCCCUAAAGACACUGAUCAAUAAGUAA